GGCGUGCGCGCCGUGGUCUCCCGUUCAGACCGCCCAGUUCCUUUCGCAGGUUGCAUUAUUACAGCCGCCGCUCCCUCCCUGUGUCUCUACUGUGUUGCGCGUGCUCUUCUUCUCCGUUUCCUGCGUUCCCCUCCGCCAUCCCUGCCUUUCCUUGCGCGUCCCGCGGGUCCUGGAUCUGUGGCCUGCAGCCGAUUCAUGCUUAGUGACAAUGUUUGUUGGUGGGCCGCUCGUUCGUCCUGUAGGUGCCCUCGGCGGCUCCGUGCGCUCGGCGCGUCGCUGUCGCCGCCUCAACGGCGCUGUGAGACCGGCACAAAUCAACGACACCUCGUCCGUCCGUUCCGCGGUUCCUCCCGUGCGCCAGGCCUCUUGCAAGCAAAUAUUGCCGCUAGCAGGUCUCAGGAAACCGUGGGGUGCUCUGUGCUGCAUCUUCGUUUGGUCACACGCUCUCCGGUACCACAGCGAGUAUCAUCAGGAUUGUCGGGGUUUGUGCGGCCUUUCGCCUUGCGUGUUUGUGUGUUUGCGGCACCACACCUCGCCGUCCGCGCGGCCUGAUCCGGCGCCCAAGCUUCAUGCUUCCUCUUCGACCGUCGAACAGCUGCAUCAAGCUUCAGAUCAAAUCCCCGACCACGUGGGCCCGCCUGUUGCCCAUCCUGCUUCGUCGUCGGGACUAGGCGGAUCAGCUGCGCAGAUCGGACCACCCAGACGCCAACCAGAAACCGAGUCAAUCCACCAGCCUCCCUCCGCGGAACAGCGACAUUCCGUGGUCGACCUGGGACUUGAGCUCCUCUCCCAGGUUCUUUCAGGACCUCCCUCAAGUGCUGACAACGCUGAGGACGCGACAGCGCAGACAAGCAUCCAGCUAGCGGCCGUGACACCUCAUGUUCCUCUACUAGACGCGGCACUAUCCCUCGCUGGACAGCAAAAACUUUGGCUUGCAGACAUGGAUCUUAAGAACCUCGUCGUGCCAUUCACUAUUGCCACUCUCGCAUCGAUCGUCUGGAGGAGGGCCAUGUAUUUCCUCUUUGUGCACUGUGAAUUGAAGCUUCCUGCGCUCCCUGCCUGGAUUGCACAACCACAUGUAUACACAGGUGCGAGGCCAGCGAUGAGCUUGUACCCCCUUCGAUGGUUCUGCUCAACCCUGUACCGACACAUGAAGCUUUGCAUCACCUCUGGAAUGCUAUCUUCACCUUCUGCCUCACCUCCACCAGCGCAGGGCCUACCAACGGCUGCCAGCCCAGGUCCUAGGAACGCUUAUGUAUGCCGUCCGGUUUAGCUGCCAUGUACCCUUCACCGUUGUCUGCAAUGAGCCGUCCUCCUGCCAGACUCCGCUCAAGGAUGUCGCCGCCGGCCAAGUAAAAGAACAUUCUGUGCUGCUAGGAUUGAAUUUACCAGGCUAUUAUACCUCUGCCCCAUCUCAUGUGCUUGCGCUUGUAAUCCAACUUGCUGAACGCUGAUUCCUCAGCACCGCCUCUUUAUUAUUAAUCCCGAGCAAAUCUACUAAUACCCUGCUUAAUGAAUGCCCAACCGUUCGCAUUUCGGAA